AUGGAGAACUUGUCCCAUGCAGAGGGCGAGAGGGCACGCCAGGCUGCGCAAGCGGCUACUGGGGUCGAAUUCUAUCCAGGCACGGAAUUGAUGACUGAUGCGGGCAGUAUUCACCUCGAACAUACCAACAAGCAGCAAGCCCUGGUGCCCCAACCAAGCAAUGAUCCGUCGGAUCCGGUCAACUGGAGUCGCACGUGGAAAUGGCUUACCAUGAGCUCCAUGGCGCUUUCGACAUUCAACUGGGUCUUCAGUCCGCUAUCACUCGCUCCUCAGGUUCCAUACUAUAUAGAAGCGUUUGACACGACCUUGCCCGCGGUCAUCAACUUUAUCGGUGUCUCAAUCCUCGUUCUUGGCUUUACCAACUUCAUAUGGAUCCCAAUUGCUCGAGGCUUGGGACGACGACCUAUGGCACUAGUAACGACUCUGAUCACCACGGUCUCAUGCAUUUGGCGUGCCAAAGCUACCACCUACAAUUCUUUUCUCGGGGCUGCAAUCCUCUGUGGCAUUGGCGCCUCGCCCGGUGAAACGCUGGGGCCCGUCAUUAUUACCGAUGUCAUGUUUCUUCACGAGCGGGGCUUCUGGAUGGGACUUUACCAAUGGGCCUUCUGGAGUGGUCUGAUGAUCGGACCCAUCAUCGCUGGAGUUUCUGCCGACAGACACGGCUGGCGAAGCUUCUGGUGGAUCUCGACGGCCAUUUCAGUCUUCACGCAGGUCUGGAUCUUGUUUUUCUUGCCCGAAACCAAACGUGACCGACGCCCGCUCGCCGUCAACGACACAAUCGCCCAAGUCGAUACAAACAGCAUCCGGGCAAAAACCGACUCCACGAUCGACGCAAAGGCUGAUCACAUUAGUGUUGUGAAAGAAGAACGAUCAGAAGACACAUCCGGCCCAAGAGUUCAACCUGUCGGAAAACCUAACAAACGACAGUUUCUGCCCAUUGCAGGAUGGAGCGUGCACGAGCCUAUCAUCGGAGCAAUCAUACUGCCACUCAAAUUGGCACGCUUCCCGAUCGUCCUCUGGGGAUCGCUGCAGUUCACCUUCUCAGCAUCCUGCUUCUUGAUGAUCAACAUCACUCAGUCUCAAGCGCUUGGAUCACCGCCAUACAACUUUAGUCCGACCGCGGUCGGUUACACGAAUUUGGCACUGUUCGUUGGCACGUCGAUUUCACUGCUCACCGCCGGGCCUUUGAGUGAUGUCGUAUCUCGUCGCGCCACGAUUAAGAACAAUGGCGUCCGCGAGCCAGAGAUGCGUCUGUUAACGCUUAUUCCUUUCGUGGUAUGCUUCCUCGUGGGCUGCAUAAUUCUCAGCGUUGGUUGGGAAUAUGGCUGGCCUUGGGAAGUUGUAGUUAUCGUCGGAUUCACGCUCGUGGGCGUCCAGGUCGCAGCCAUCUCGGGCAUUGCAGUCAAUUAUGUGGUUGAUUGCUACAAGCCUGCUGCUGGCGAGUUCCUCGUUAGUGCGACUGUGUUCAAGAAUGUCUGGGGCUAUGGUAUGACCAAGUUCAUGAAUGAUUGGGUUGUACAAAUUGGGUACCUUGGGCCACUCUUGACUAUCACCGCCUUGAACUUUGCUCUGCUACUCUUUGGCGCAGUGCCACUCUAUUUCUUUGGCAAGAAGUUGCGAAAGAUGUCCAGCAAGAGUUCUGUACAUGACGUUGCUUGA